UGCCCUAAUACCCCGAUGGCUUCCUCCUACAGCUUCUCAUCGUCCCUCAAUCGAUCAAGCAAGAAAUCAACAGUGAACGAUCCAAAAACUUGUGAUUGUGGGUUCCCUGCACGUAUUCUAACGUCAACAACACCAAAGAAUCCAGGGAGGCGUUUCAUGGUAUGCAAUGAGGGUAAAUGCAAAUAUUGGAAAUGGUUGGAUGUAGAACCUGUAAUGGAAGUGGUGGAGGGAAUGGAAGCUGAAAUAGUAGCAUUGAAGACUGAAGUAGAGAAGGUGAAGGAAGACAUGGAACAAAUGAAGAAGGAAAAGCAUUAUCUUAACUUCUUGUUGGAAUGGAAUGAAGUAAUUUUGACUAGAAUGGAAUCACAAACUAGUAAUUUUCACUGGAAUGGAAUCACAAACUAG